AUGGUUGUAUGUUGCUACACUGACUUAUUACUAUGGCGAAGAGAAAGAAAGCAGCAGCAAAACAAACACCAACUCCCCACAGAAUCCAAAAGUAAUCAAAAUGACCCUGAAAAUGUUCCAAAUGAAGAAGCAAGUACCCCUGCACCACCAUCAUCAGAAACAAGUGAACUAACAAAAUCCUCUCUGGUCCCUGUUGUAGCACUGCACAAGAAAUUUGGUAAAUACCGUUGUUUGUUAAACAAUGAUGAGACCUUUACUAAAAAGUAUGAUUUAGGCAGUGACAGUGAAACAAAUAGUAGUGUGGAGAUAAGAGUUGUUGAUCCUUGUGCAAGCUCUGAAUCUGAUUCCAAUGCAGCUUUAGAAACACAAUUGGACAACACUUCUAUUAGACCUCACUUGAGUCCUGUCUACAAUACAAUAAAUACUCAUAGCCAAUUGAGGAAUAUUUCUCCUUUACGGGUAGUAACCGAUGAAGUACCAUCAUGUAAUAAAAUUCCAUUGAACAGAUCCAACGAAACAAAAGAAUAUAAGUCAUUAUCACUAGAAAUAGUUGAUCUGACUGAAACUGAUUCAAAGGCCAGUUCAACAGAACAAAUGAUGUCAACUUCAGAACAGACAUUUGUUGUUGAGGAUUCUACAAGUAACAAUAAACCAGAUGCUACAGAUGUCCAAAACAUUCCAUUUGAAACUGAACAAUUGGAAUUUGGUGGUGAUGAUGAUGAUGACGAUGAAGUCAUCACUGUUGUUCAAAUUGUUGAGGAUGAUAAUCCAGAAUUGUAUUAUAAUAUCAAGAUUGAUAGCCCAAAAGCAAACCUAGUUGAACAGCACACUAUAGAGGAAAGUGAGAACACUUCUAAAAAUCAUGACUUCCAAUCUCAUUUUGAAAAGUUGAAUCUUACAUCUGAUGAUCCUCGGUCUCCUAUGGAUUGUUCAGAUUCUAUUGAUUUGGAAACAACAUCUUGUGGCACUCCAGAUUUACAAUUUACAAAAGAAAAUUUAAAUGAUGGAAUAACAAGACCAGAUCCUAGUAUCACACCUAGUUCUACACUCUCUGAUGACAGUAACUCAUCAAGGGUUACAGAGCACAAUCAAAAUAAUUCUAAUGAUUCUGCUGAGUCUUCCCCAACUGGUGUUCGACGUUCCAACCGAAUAAAGACAAUUAGUAACUUGAAGCAAAAGACGAAAGGAUAUGGCUUGGUGAAGACACCAUUAAAAAAAGCUUUAAUCACACAGACUAAAUUGAAGCUAGAAGAAAUUGGAUCUGACAGUCAAGACAAAUCACUAGAAUCAUUACCAAGUACAAUGCCCAACUCCCCAUCAUUCCCUGUGCCCUCCGAAAUGCCUGUAAAAGUAAAGUCUCGCUGGCGACGUUCAUCCGAAUUAGAGAUGGGAGCAAACUCACCGGCUAAUUCUCCAUUAGCCAGCCCAAGUCUGCCACAGCAACGCUUACCUACUGUGGCAGAAAGCUUUAGUCUUCCAGAAGAAGAACCAAUUCCUUUAAGCAAGGAGGCAUAUGAGAAAAUUAUUGAAGAAAGGAUGAACCAGUACCAACAUUUAGAUGAAAAUGAGUAUAUGUGUGAGAGAAUGAUUAGUAAGGAGACUAAGAAAAUGACUUGUGACUGCUUUAUGACCAAAGAGGAGUUAGAGAGAGGGGAAUUGGCUUGUGGAGAAGAUUGCCUUAAUAGACUGCUUAUGAUUGAAUGUAAUUCCCGAUGUCCAGUAGGAGACCGCUGUACUAAUAGACGGUUCCAGAAAAGAGAGAAUGGUCCUCUAAGGGUGUUCUAUGCUGAUAAAAAAGGCUGUGGAGUAGAAGCCAGUGAAGAUAUUCCACCGGGCGAGUUCCUAAUGGAGUAUGUAGGAGAAGUCCUGGACUACGAGCAAUUCUACAAACGCGCCCAGGCCUACUCUGACGAUAACAACCUUCAUCAUUAUUUCAUGUCGCUGAAAGGUGACACGGUUAUCGAUGCAACACUCAAAGGAAAUAUAUCAAGAUUUAUCAACCAUUCAUGUGAUCCGAUUGCUGAGACACAAAAAUGGACCGUCAAUGGAGAACUUAGGAUCGGGUUUUUCAGUAAAAGGGAAAUCAAAGCUGGUGAAGAAAUCACAUUUGAUUACCAGUUUCAAAGGUUUGGAAAGGUGGCCCAGCGAUGCUACUGUGGAGCCAGCAACUGUCGCGGUUGGAUCGGUGGUGAACCGGACAGCGAAGAUGAAGAUGACGAAGAGGAGGACGAAGACGUCUCCACGUCUAAGACUGGACUUACAGAAUCUACAGAGGAGUCUUUGGCUACACCUAAUGAUCCACCGCGUCCGCGGUUGCGCCGCCCCAAGAAGGAUCGCGCGUACAAACCUAAAGCACCCGACUUGGUUCAAGACGCUGAUAUCGAGGAAGACCUAGAGGCCUUGGGUCGUACUGGCGUCAAGAAUCAAAGCCAUACCCUGCGCCUGUCGCGAACGGUGGUCCGCGCCAAGACCCGGCGAGCGCAGUGCUCGCUGCUGCGCCUGCUGCGGGACGCCGACCUGCCGUGCCGCAGGCUGUUCCUCGACUACCGGGGCCUACGCCUGCUCGCGCCUUGGUGCACUGACGCCCCUCUCGAUUUCAAGCUAGAAAUGUUACUGACCGUGGACCGUCUACCAAUACCAAACAAGACAAUGGUACAAGAGAGUCGCUUCUUCACGAUCGUAGAGCGGUGGCUAAGCGCCGCCGACCAGCCGCAGGAUAACGUGUUCAUUGAUGAGGCGACUGGUUUGCCAGUAGAACUGCCUAACACUGGUAACCCAGAAGAUGUUCCUGGUUCCGAGAAGGCUAAAGAUACUGUUUCGGUCCUGGAGAAAAUAAAAGAUCUCUCUAAACAAUUAUUGGAACGUUGGUCCAGUUUGAAGGAGGUUUUCAAAAUUCCAAAGAAAGAACGGAUACAACAGAUGAAAGAACAUGAAAGACAAGCCAACGUUGAACGACGGGCGGCAGACUCGAGCGGCUCACGGGACCGGGACAGGGAACGCCGAGAAGAGCGGGAGAGGCGAGACGAACGGGAACGAGAUCGUGAACGUGAGAAAGAUAGAGAAAGAGAGCGCGAUCGAGAUCGAGAAAGAGAUCGGGAGCGCGAUAGAGCCGACAGAGACAGAGAUAGAUAUAGGGAACGGGAAAAGGACAAAGACCGAGACAGGGAUAAAGACGACAGAGAUAGAAGAAAAAGAAGGAGUAGUCCGGAAGGCAGGAGGAGUAUAAGGUUAAGCGAGCGCGUGCUGGCGGCCGUGCCCCCCAUGAGCAAGGAGGAGCGGCGGCGCGCGUUCGCCGAGGCGGCGGCCGCGGCCGACGAGUCGCGGCGUCAGCGCGCGCGAGACCCGCCGCCCUGGCCCUACUGGCACCAGCACGACGCCUUCCAACAGCAAAUGUUCCCGGGGAGCAUGGUGGGCGGUGUAGUGUGCGGCGUCCCGGGUCUGGUCCCAGAAAUGCCUCCUGACUGGAUGCCGCCUCACCCUGGACACCCGGAAUUCCAAACCCCUCCUUUCUGCCCACCAUUUCCCGGAGCACAGCCUUUCUGUAUGCCUCAGCCAAAUUUGAUGGGUAUGAGCGGAUUCAGCAUGGGUGGGUUUAUGUUUGGUCAGCAAGUGCCAGGUGGCCCUUCCUUCCCACCGCACGCACAACCACAACCUGCACAACCGUCGUCUGAAGCUGCACAACCGGCUCCUGCCGGUCGUGCGCAAGAAGCCAAGAAGGUGGUGCUGCCGUCGCUGUGGCGCAGCGCGGAGGACGAGCGCGGCCGCACCUACUACUACCACGUCAAGCUGCGCCAGCCGCAGUGGCUGCCGCCGCCCGCGCCGCCCGACAGAGAGGAUAGUUCGUCAGACGAUGAAGAGGAACAAGUUAACGCAGGAUUGGAUAGUCCUCUAAUUAGGCGACAGACGAAAGGAAAAGUUGUUGAAGGUGUCAAUGGUAUUUACGAAGUAAUUAAGGACGAAACACAUAAUGGUUUAAUACCUGACCACGCUUUAGUCAACAUGAAGCCCAGAAAACGGCGACCUGGAUUAGUUUCUGAACGACCAAUUAGCCCUCGCACCGAGGAGGACAAGUUGGCGGGAAGGUUAGAAGUGAAACGGUACAAGCAGACCAAAGAGAAACUGCGGCGUCGCAGAGAGAAGUUGAUACAGAAGGUGCGCCUCCUCGCCGCCAGCAAACAGCGCAAGAUCAAGGGCAGCGUUCUGGACCUUAAGCAAAUGGUGGAGCUUGUGGACUCAGAAACAGAUUCGGAAGACGAUUCUGUCGAAGAACUUCCAGUUGAGAAGCCAGGAAGUUCUUCGCCUCCCGUUGAUCCGGAGCCUGAGGCUGAGCCAGAAGCCUUUGAACCAGAGAACGCCAUAAGCAAUGACGAGAGGGACAGGAAGAUAAAGGAGCUGUUUCGCAGCACCAUGGCGAGAGUGAUGGUGCAGCAUCUCAAUCCGUAUAGGAGCUCCAGUGCACCCGCUGCCCGAAUCACUUCCACCGCUGAUUUCAAGCAUUUGGCUAGGAAGCUAACUCACUUUGUGAUGCUGAAGGAACUCAAACAUUGCCGGUCGGUCGAAGAACUCGUUGUCACCGACUCGGUACGGUCCAAAGCGAAGAUGUUCGUGAAAAAGUACAUGGCGAAGUUUGGUCCCGUGUACAAGCGACCGCCCGAGGAGGCCGACUAG